UUGGUGGAAGGUUCCCGAAUCCAUCCAAAAAUAAGAGUGAACAGAGGACUUCAAAUCAACACAAAGAUAGUAAUCAGAUGCAAAAACAAAUGACAUCAUCAAGAAACCAGGAAUCAAGUGACUCUAGCAGCUCAUCAUCGCCAUCAUCAUCAUCCAGUUCAUCAGAAGAUGACAGGCAUUCGAAGAAGAGGAAAAAGAAGAAACACAGAAAGAAAGAUGAUUCAUCAGACAGUGAGGAGGAAUUUAAAAGAAAAGACAAGAAGAAAAUGUCAAAAAAAGAUCAGGAGAGGGAGGUGUCCAGAAGGAAAAGAGAUGAAGAGUUUGAUCAUGAUAGGAGGAAAGAUAGAGAAAAAGGAAGAAACAAAGAUGGAAAAGAUCAUCGAAAGAGAGAAAGGAGCCCAAGUCAUGAAACACACCACAAAAACGACAGAGAAAUUGCCAGACACCAAAAAUAUGAGAGAGAAAGAAGUAGAAGUCGCGACAGACACCAAAAACGCGAAAGAGAAAGAAGCAGGAGUCGUGACAGGCACCAAAGAUAUGAAAGAGAAAGAAGCAGGAGUCGUGACAGACAACAAAGAUAUGAAAGAGAAAGAAGCAGGGAUCGUGACAGGCGCCAAAGACAUGAAAGAGAUCGAAGUAGAAGUCGCGACAGACACCAAAAACGUGAUAGAGAAAGAGAUAGAAAUAAGUACAAUUCCAGGAGUCAUCGAGACCGAAGGUGAUAACCAAGCUUUUACUAAGAUGGGUGUUUUCAAAAGCUUACAUAUGGGUGAUGUUUGACCGUGUUAAUUCUGGUUUCCAUAGAAUCGUACACAGUCGCUACAGCGUUCUCGCAUCAAACCUUGUACUGCGUAGCUACGACUAACGCAAUCAGGAAUGCUUCUCUGAUUCAACUGGCCAACCAGCGUCGCCAAAGGAGUCGGCGAUUUUUAUGGAAACCAAGCUUAUCACUUGUGUAUGACAAGAGUUUAACAAGUACAUACUUGGGAACCAAAGUUAUAUUCCUGCUGCAGAGUAUUAAGAAUUAAAUCAUGGGAUUCUUUGUCUUGGUGUGAAGUUAAAAAAUAAUUUUUUUAAAUGAUGAGGUAUAUACACAAUUGGUUUACAUAUUCCUUAUUCUGUAUUUAAAGUACAGGCUAGGCUAGAUUAUAAAUAUGUUUUUAUAGUGGAAAUUUUAAAUAUGCAAAUCAGUCAAUUCAUUUUACUUAUUUAAUAUUGUCAGUGGCUGCAAAUUUUUUAACCAAUUUCUGCCAUUUAGCUCUUUAUUAUUUGAACUGGUGAUGCUAAAGAUUCCCCAACUAAGGUUCCGAAGUCCCUUGCAGCAGACCAAGCAUCCACCAUGACUGGAACUAAUUUUAAGAAUAGUAAUCUAGAUGCUUGGAAAUUGUACUAUAAGGCAUAAGAAUUGAUUUUUCAAAGCAGGACGUGUUCCUCGACAAAAUUUUUGGCUUCUUCCCUGAUUUGGUUUUUGUGGCUCCUUGGACCCUUGGCUGGUGCUGCUUCUGCACUGGUUUGAGAUUCAAAAGAAUACCUGGAACACGUUCAAAUGCAUACGUAGAUACUCGUCAUUACUAUUUACAUUAUUUUUAUUCAAGUUACUUUAAUUUAAUAUAUUCUGAUUAACGACUAAUAAUGAUAAAAAAUAAAUAAAUUUGUAAUUAAGUGAUUCUUGUUUUUUACCUCAUUUAUUAUUUGAGGGCCCCUAAUGAGCAGCAAUGCUGCAUGGGUCACCCUCUUGAAAUAUGGUAUUAAAUAAAUAGCAUUCCUGUAUUUUUAAGAUAAGCUUUGAAUAUUGACUGGUAUUCAAUUUGAGGAUUUCUGUAGAAAGAAUUUUUGAAAAUUGUUUUCAAUGUGUGUCGCAUUGGAAGUUGAUAAUUUAUUUGAUCCUAUUAAACAUUUUGAAAGAA